AUGAUAUGCAAGCAAAUUACAGUAAUGAGUGUUUCGAAUUACCUCAGCUAUCUAGUAAUACAAACGACCAAGAUAUAAAUGAUAAUUUAGUAGAAGAGCAAUUGUUUUACGGAAAAGUGUGGAGCUUGAUACGUACUGCAACUGACAAAUGCUUGUUAUACCGUGAUCAUGGGUUUAUUCAGAUUAUUGAAAGUUAUUUAGAUAAUAUACGAAAACGUGAAGAAGAGCUUGCUCAAAUACAUACUAGUAAUGAAAAUGAUGAUUCAAACAAAGAAAAUGUAGAUUCAAAUGUUCAGCUUAGAAAUCCAUUAGUGGUUACUACUAAAGGCAGACCAAA